UCCCCUUGAGUGUCUCUGUUUGCUCCAACGUCCCUGGUUAUGAUCAACCCAAAUGUUUCGUCUCGUCUGGCAGUACAAGUGAAAUGAUCCAACAGUUCGUGGAAUAUUUGGUUGAGGUCAGCCGGGAAAGUUAUGGAUUGUUGCUGGACCAGUUCUCUGACGUUUUUCGUCAAAUUGAUGAACGAAUCAAUGAGGUAUAAUUCACACGUAUUAGAUUCUUAGUAUAUUUCUUAUCCUUAAUAUUUUUUCUUAUAUCUUAAGGUAGGGGAAAACGAGGUUAUGGAAGUUGCCGCGGGGGAGGAUAAUGAGGUAAAUUAUAGGAAGGUUACAUUUACACUUAUAUUCUUUAUAUUCUAAUAUAUCUUAUGUUUUAGCAAAAUACAGAGGAACAGAUGAUAGAGGAAAUGGUGGGAUGUUUGAUGGGGCUGAAUGAUGAGGUAUAUAACAUAAGGUUUGAGCUCAACAGUGGUCUUUCCAGUGCUUACCAUAUGUGUACCUUUUAGGUGAGUGAAGAUGUGUGUGGGGUAGAUGAAGACGAAGUGGAUAAAGACGUUGAAGAGAGAGUAAGUAUCACACUCAUGAUCCAUUUUAGCGGUUGUUAUAUAGAUUAGUAGGGAUGUGCAAGUAUCUUGCUUUUUACUUAUGACAUCUUUUCAUUUAUUUAGGAUGUGGUCCAUCCUCUACUCAAACUCCAAGAUAAAUUGUCAGAAUACUUACAAGAGCUACCAAUUCUUGGAUUCAACUCUGGUAAAUAUGAUAUUAACUCUGCGAAAAACCCCUUCUUUUCACAUCUCGUCAAACACGAACAAGUUAAGUUUGUGAUAAAGAGGAACAAUAACCACAUGUGUCUUAAGACUCAACACUUAAAAUUCCUCGAUAUCACAAACUAUCUGGCUCCGGGAUUUAGUUACGAACAGUUCCUCAAAGCGUACGAGUGCUCCCAGACCAAAGGCUACUUCCCGUACGAGUGGGUCGACUCCCUCGACAAACUCAAUCAUUGCUCCUUACCACCACGCGAAACCUUCCAUUCCACUCUAUCCGGAACCGACAUCACCGAGGAACAGUAUGAGUAUUGCCAGGGUGUAUGGGACGAACAGAAUAUGACAACUUUCCGCGACUUUCUCGUGUGGUAUAACAACCUUGACGUAGUCCCCUUCCUUGAAGCAAUUGAUAAAAUGAGUAAUUUCUGGCAAGAAAGGAACAUUGAUAUGUUUAAGGACGGUGUGAGUGUGCCUGGCUUGACUAUGAAAUAUUUAUUUUCAAACAUUCCAGGCACCUACUUCUCCUUGUUCAGCGAGAAGGACAAGGAUAUGUAUUAUUCAAUGAAGGAUAAUAACGUAGGGGGCCCCAGCAUUAUCUUUAACAGGUACCACGAGAAAGAGAAAUCAUUCAUAAGGAAGGAAGAAAUGCGAGCCAGAGGAAAAGAAUCGAAACCCUGCAAGAAUGUAGUUGGUUACGAUGCCAAUGCGCUCUACUUGUGGGCCAUCAUGCAAGACAUGCCAACGGGGCAGUACACAAGACGGUUAGAGGAGGACGGGUUUAAGAAACAGUGGAGUGGAAGUCUCAUUGGAAGUAUGAUCGGACAGAAGAUAAUGUUGGCAACCCCUCUUCUAAAGUGGUAUUUAGAACAUGGUUUAGAGGUACGUUUUAAAUAUUAAAAACUU